AAAAGAUACGAACAACUUUCCAGCCCGGGCACGAGCCACGUGACCGGCCAGUGUCACGUGACCGCGGUGCUGGGCCGCGGAAGUCUGUUACCGUGGCAACUGACCGGACCCCACAGCUUUCCGGGGAAGCGCGGAAUUUAGAGAGGGCCACUCUCUCCCCUCCGCCCAGUCUCCCCUGCAGGUGCGUCUUUGUCUUCCUGCCAAGUCCGGAGCCCGCGCUUCCUGCUGGGGCCCCCGUGGAGCUGAGCCCUUCCGGGGGGAUCCGCCUCUCACCAAGAUCUGAGGCCCUGACCUUAACCACACACACUCUCAGCCGAAUCGGAAAUGCGCAGUGUGUGGGAGGAAUUGUUCUGCAGGUUGAGCAAAGUAUUAUCCAGUGUUUUCAAUGUUUUCAGUGGAAUGUUUAGUUUGAGAAGUGAAAACUGUUGAUUUUGGCUUACUAUUCCAAAGAAGAGCUGGAUGAAGAAUUUGAACAGUUCAUGAAAGAGCUUUCAGACGAAUCUUUUGAAAAGUCAAACAAAACACCAAGACAACCCAAAAGAGAAGUGAAAAUGAAAGAUACAGUGCCAUGGUGGAUGAGUGAAGAUGAUUUUGAAGAUGGUGGACUGCUUGGAACAAAUGUAAGCUAUUUGAAAACAAAGCAGACCGCUCAGCCUAUUACGGAAACAGAGGAGCCCUCUGCCAGACGGGUUCAGGUUCUUAAGAGCAGUGGAACGUCUGUCUUAAGUAUUGACAGUUUAGAAACAAAUGAGAUGGUAGUUUCUGAGCUCAAUCACAGUAUCCUCGGAUUGGGGCUGGACACAUUAGAAGAACAAGAAGAAAAAGAACAAUUUUUUGCCAGGCUUGAGAAAGGCUUAACAUCUUCCAUUGAUUAUUCAAGAUUAAAUAAGGAAUUAGAUUCUAAUGACUCCAUACAUUUUAAAGCUUUACGUAGUAAUCAAGCUAAUGCAGAAUUUACUGAAGAUAAAUAGGAGAAUGAAUCAAAACAUGAACAGCCACGUAAUUUCACUGAAGAUUACAGUGAUGAUUUUGAAGAUGAGGAUAUUGAUGCACAUUUGACUACUAAAGAAGAGACUAAUUCCAAAGAAAAUUCCAUAUCAGAAAAUAUAAAUGCACCCAAACAGGAAGAAGAGAAAACUGGCAUGCUGGCUAAUGUGGAGCUGCUGGAUUCAUUAGACUCUGUUGCAGAGGUCAACCUUGAUGAACAGGAUAGAGCAACAACUAAGCCAAAAGCCCUGCCAGAAAUAACUGAUAAUGAAAUGACAGGAACAGCUGUUUCUUGUGGGCGAAGCAGCAGUGACAUUGAAGCUUUGCAUCAGGCCUAUUACCAUCUAGCCCAUUCUGGGGGGGACGCAGGGGAGGAAGGACUUGGGAGCAGUGCAGGGGAGAACGCCAAGAGCUCAGUGAAAGAUCAUCCUCAGGAAGAUAGAGAGUCCCCUAAACACAUCUCUACUACAGAAUCUGAUCUGCCCACAGUAGAGGAGCUGAUGAAACCUAUGAAAAUAAAUUCCUUUGGAGUCAGUGGUUUUGACUUACAACCUGUCAGCUGUAAGAAAUUGGCUGAUAGUAAAGAAACUGAAUUUGUUAGCCCUUCACCCCUGAAUAUGAACCCAAAUGUUAUAUCUCAAGAGCCACAAAUUGGGAACCAAUUUUUUGACAAAACUCAAGAGAAUGUGGUUUUACAAAUGACAACAAACAAAUGUAUAGAAAGUAGCUGUCCAAGAGUAAAUACUAUGGAAGAACAUAUAGAUAAAAUGUACCUUGAUAUUUUGAAGAAAAAGAUAUCUGUUGGUCCUACAUUAUUACCUCAGGAUGACAAAUUAAAUAAAACUUACAGAUCUCAGCUCAGCUCUGGAGAGGAAGAGGCUGUAACUGGUAAACAGGUGCCAUACAAGGAGACUGGAAGUGCCCUUCCUUUACUUAAGAGAAAACCCCAGAGUGCACUAUAUGCAUCACUUAGGAGCUCAGGCUAUGGCAAACCCAGUUCCCCAUUCAAGACGUUUUCUACUCUUGAAAAGAAAACUUCAAAGGACAUGAAAAGCAAAAACUUGAGAUCCAUUCCCACAUCAAAUCAAACUAGGAAAAAAGAAAUCUUAUCUGGGACAAAACUCCUCAAGCCUGCAGCUUCAGGUAGACCAGCUCCCCAAACUGAAAGCUGCCUGACUCCUGAGAAGUCUGCACAUCCUGCAGAAACAGGGUCCUGUGUUCAGUCUCGGAAUGAUUCUUCAGGAUGCCAUGGUGGGAUAAAGGAGACAGAACUAAUUAUGUUUAAAAGAGUUCAGGAAGCAGAGGAAAAAUGGAGGGGGGCACAAGCCCUAAUUGACCAAAUUAAAGUCACAUUCUCAGAAAAGGAGAACAAUUUUUGCAUUUUCUCAAAGUUAAGUAACUUUGAAAAAACAAACAAAAAACAGAGGUGGUUACAUUUUGAAGAAACAACUGAAGAAAAACUGAAGCAAAUCCAAAAAGAAAUACAAGAACAGGAGACACUCCUUCAGGGAUAUCAACAGGAAAAUGAAAGACUGUAUAAUCAAGUGAAAGAUCUCCAAGAACAAAACAAGAAAAAUGAGGAGCGAAUGUUCAAGGAAAACCACGGUUUAUUCAGCGAGUUAGCUUCCUUAAAAGAGCAGAUGCAACAAAGUCAUUUCCUAUCUCAAGUAGCUGAGACUUCAGAGCCUUCUGGAAACCGGAAUUUUACAGAUCUGUUAACAGAACUACGGGUGGCACAGAAAGAAAAAAUAAGUUUAUUAGAAGACAUCAAAAGACUGAAACAGGACAAACAAGCUCUUGAAGUAGACUUGGAAAAAAUGAAGAAAGAGAGAGACCAGGCCAAGGAUCAGAUUGCUUACGCCACAGGUGAAAAAUUAUGUGAAAUAAAAAUUUUAGAAGAAACACAUAAAGAGGAAAUCAGUCUUCUGCAAAAAAGAUUACAGUGGUUUGCUGAAAAUCAGGAACUUCUGGAUAGAGAUGCAGUUCGGCUUAAAGAAGCAAAUGAAGAAAUUGAGAAGCUCAAACUUGAGGUCGAGAAACUGAAAGCUGAAUCUGGAAAUCCAUCUCUUCAGCAGAAGAUACACUUGAAAGAUAGAGCAGCUGAUGCCAAAAAAAUUCAGGAUCUAGAGAGACAAGUGAAGGAAAUGGAAGGAAUUCUAAAGAGAAGAUUUCCCAGUUCUUUACCUGCUUUAAUAUUGGGUGCAUCAGCAGCUGGUGAUACAGUGGGCAGAAAUACAGUAGAAUUUAUGGAAAAAAGGAUAAAAAUAGUGGAAGCUGAUCUGGAGGGCAAAGAUGAAGAAGCAAAGAAAAGCCUUUGUACCAUGGAACAACAGUUUCAGAAAAUGAAGAUUCGGUAUGAACAGAGACUAGAGGAGCAAGAGCAGCUACUUGCCUCCAGAUUGAGGGGAGCACCUCAGAAACAGCGUGGGGACCUCUCCAGAGUUAAAGCACUAGAGAAGGAACUCAGCGACAUGAAGGAAGCCCAUCAAGUCACUGUAAGAAACCUUGAAGCUGAGAUAGGAAUUCUUAAACAUCAGAAAGCUGAAUUGGGACUCAAAAAAAAAGAUAAAGAUGAUAAAGAUUUCCAGUCUAUAGAAUUCCAGGUGGAACAGGCUCAUGCCAAAGCUAAAUUGAUGAGGCUUAAUGAGGAGCUGGCUGCAAAGGGGAGAGAAAUACAAGACCUUUCAAAAACCGUGGAGAGGCUUCAGAAGGAGAGAAGGACGAUUCUCUCUAGUCAGAGUUCCCAGGGCAGAGAGGAAGCGACUACAAACAGGGUGAAGAAAGGCGUGCCUGCAGGGAAAGGGGACGCGCUCUCCUCCUCUGCAGCGCUGGGGGGCAGACUUUACCAACCAGAUGCUUUUACAGGUUCCCAUCUUUCAGAGGUUUUACAGGAAAACUGCAGAUUGAAAAGUGAACUGCAGAGAUUAACUGUAGAGAGGAAUGAGCUGCAGAUGAAAUCUGAUGUAGCAAUGAAUCAAUUUGAAGACUCCAUGAAAAGGAUCAAGGAAGAUGCUGCAGCACACAUCACGUCUCUCAAAGCCUCUCAUCAGAGGGAAAUAGAGAAACUCCUUUGCCAAAAUGCAUUAGAAAAUUCUUCUUCCAAAGUAGCCGAAUUAAAUCGCAAACUAGCAACUCAAGAGGUACUUAUAAAGCAUUUCCAAAAUCAGGUUAAUGAGCUGCAGGGUAAACAGGAGUCUCUUGUAGUUUCUCAAGUUCGAGAAGAAAUUCUACAGAAAGAGAUAGCAAAACUCUUAAAAGAAUUGAAAGAAGCCAAAGAAAACCAUACACCAGAGAUGAAACAUUUCAUGGGCUUAGAAAAGAAAAUUAAACAGAUGGAAAUAAGACAUGAACAAAGAGAGCAGGAAUUUCAACAGAUCAUACAGCAAACCCAGCAAGUAGUAGAAACCGAACAAAGCAAAGAAAUCGAGAAGUGGAAAAGACUUGCCCAGUUGAAGAAUCGUGAGCUGGACAAGUUCCGCACAGAGCUGGACUCCGUAUUAGACAUCCUCUGAGAGCUGCACCAGCAGGGGGCGGGGGUCCCCGCUACUCCGGCAGCCGCCCCGAGGGCACCAGAGUGUCCCUAGAGACUCGCAGGGCCUCACAGGAAGACUUGGGGAUGGAUGGUGGACGGGAUUGUGCCAGUUUCGAAGGAAGUUUUGAACACAACAAGCAACCAACACAAAAGGAACAUUUCAAGACAAAUUGCCCUCAACCAAUAAGGAAAAAAAUAGCACUGUGGUAUCUUACUGAAAAUCAUUAACCAGUCACACUUUAUAAAUCAUUUAUGGACAGGGCCCUUUAUGUCCAUGAUUAGAACCAGUAAAGUUUAUUGACACAUGCUAAGGAAAGGAAAGCGCAGAUAUGCAGCCAUCAGUGACUAACUGUUAUUCCUAAUUCUCGAUGACAGAAAAGCAGCUCCUCUUUCUCUUGGAAACGGGGAGGAAUGUGAGCACGUGGUGUGCACAGUCACAUGAACGGUCCCCUGAGUAGCAGAGCUUCCAUGACAACUUAACAAGACCUGUGACGUCCGCACGGGAAGCAGGUGAGCUCUCGCGUUUUCCCUCGGAGCUCCACUCCUGCCUCUAGUUGCCUCCCGUCUGUACUCGCCAUCAGGUGAAAAUGUAUUUUAUGAGUGCUAAGAGGAUUUGGUAUAUUCAUUGUUUUAAUCUUUUAUGCUGUGUGUCUUAAAUGCAAGUCCUUGUUUGUAACUCUAAGAUUAUAAAUAAAACAUAACAUUUUUACUUUCUCUACUUAAAAAGUAAUGUAUGUUCAUUAGAAAAAAGCAUGCAUACUCGUGUGAUUAUUGUUUUAUGUUACAAUCCCAUCCCAAAAGCAGAUGGUGAGUAUAAAAGAUACUAGCAAGUUAAAGAUAUCACCACUUUGUUUUCAAGUGUUCUAGCCCAGUUGCUAUCCAAUAAAAGUAUAAUGGAGCCACAUGUAAUUUUUUAUUUUUCUUGUAGCCACAUUUAUCUUUUUACGGUAAAAAGAAACAGAUGAAGUUAAUUUCGGUAAUUUAUGUAAUAUUUCUAAAAUAUCAAUAUAAAAAUUGAUUUUUUACAUUCUUUUUUUCAUUCCAAGUCUCUAAAAUCUGGUGUAUUUAACAUUUACAGCAUAUCUCAGUUUGGACUAGCCACAUUCCAAUUGCUCAAUAGCCACAUGCCAAUAAAUGCAAUUCUAGAAUAAUAACUGAAAUACUUUAUAAAGGACAGGUGAAAUCGAUUUUGGUGAAAUUAUGGGUAGCAAGUGAAAUGUGGAAAUUAAAUAUAAGGAAUGCAAUUAAUGUCUUAUUGUCCAGCAUUUUUUAAUGUCCUUUUCCUAAGAGGAUAGAAAAAGCAUUAGUUACAGUUUGCUAUUUCUUGUGACAAUUUUUUAUUUUAAGUUAUAAUAUAAACUAUUUUGGUCAUAAUUUGAGUGGGCUUUUGUGUAUUUUUUAUCUGCAAGGCUAUUAGUUCAUAGCCGCAACCAUCCCUCCCUUUGUCUUUCUGACGGGAGAGCCGCGGGCCGUCCAUCCCGAGCACAAACACGACUGAAGCACAAGGAGGUGCGAACAUCAGCUGGAUGAUCACUCCAGGGACAUGCAUCCUAUUGUGAUGAGAAUUCUGUAUUCUGUUGUGGAGCUGUGUUCAUGACAGAUGUUCAGUUCUAUUUAGAUUAAUGAUCCAUAAACACUAUCAAAAUCAUUAGUUACAACUAAAAACCUCAUAUCCCAAUCCUUAGCCAUUGCACAAAGCCUCUAGGAUGAGAAAAAGUACAUACAGCCAAAUAUGAAUA